AUGUCGUCCACUUCAUCCAGAGGGAAGCAGCCGUGCGAUCACCGCCAUGACCACCACCAUCCCGGGGAGAUUGAAUUGGACCAACUGGGGGACGAUACCAGUAUCGUUCCGCCUCCUCUGACUCAUCGAGAGACAACUUGGUCGAGCACCGGUCAGACAAGGGUCAAUACGUGUGAUUUUGCUGACUACCCAGAAUCGUCGAAAGGGAUCGAGGCAAUCAAAUUUAGCGAUUUCAACGAUGUUGAACUGAGAGAAUUGGGAGAUAUGGUUUCUCCACUACCAACACAUUGCCAUACGGCUUCAUCAGCUGCACACAACAGUAGGGGGAGGACCUGCUUCAACGAUGAUUCGCAAACACGUCAAGAGACGCUUGAUCAGAUCGCCCCUGCGAUGUCGUCCAACUCGGAUGAGCCGAUCGGAAUGCUCACAGCCAGUUGGCAAUGGAGACAGGGACAAUCCUACAGUAAGAAAUACCUACAGACAAAACUUGACGAACCUGCAAUACGUCGCGAUACGUAUUUGGGUGUUCUUCCACGAUGGCGCGGCAUUGCAGAUAAGUAUAAACAAGUGGCCGAUAAUAUCAGUACCUCUAAGUACCAGAACGGUAGUGAUACCGCUCAGUUCCGCUAUCUCGAUAUGGAAGAACACAAGGCGAGGGAUACUUAUCGGGAAGCUUCUAAAGCUUGGGAUACCUGCAUGUCAGAAUUAUACGGAAGAUCCAUGGACGCUGCUGUUCGAAUCACAGCUAAGAUGUUAACUUCAAUCAAGAAAGAACAGAAAAAAAGAUAUGGACAAUCUACAGAUAUUGACGACGAAGUACUGACGAAAACUUGGAAAGACGCCAUGUACACCCAUUUUGACGAGACGUUGAGUGAUUUCCUAAUGACUUGGGAUCACGAGAAGCCAGUCAAGAAGAGAGAAUUGGAAAAGGCUGAUGAGCAAGUGCGUAAACUUCGUGAGCUCCAUCAUGCCCUGAACUACGGGACGAUCUCAAUGAGCGGUGAUCGAGAUUCUAUUACUUGUACGUGGACAUCUCGGACAAUCGAAGAACGGGGGUUGCCUGGACCUGGUAUAUUGUUUGGGAGAGAACCCAAAGAUAAGUCUAGGAUCGUAGCGGAGACGGGAUGGACAUGGAAGGAUGGUGAGGUGACAUUUCUCAGUGCAGACUAG